AUGGCGGCGGCGGUUGCACAGGGCGGGAGAUGUGGUGGCGGCGGAGGCGGUGGCGGGACUGGCGGUGGUUCCAGCAGCGGGACAGGCAGUAGCCGCAGUGGCUUGUUGGAUAAGUGGAAGAUUGAUGAUAAGCCUGUAAAAAUUGACAAGUGGGAUGGAUCAGCUGUGAAAAAUUCUUUGGAUGAUUCUGCCAAAAAGGUUCUUCUGGAGAAGUACAAGUAUGUGGAGAAUUUUGGUCUAAUUGAUGGUCGCCUCACCAUUUGUACAAUCUCCUGUUUUUUUGCCAUAGUAGCUUUAAUUUGGGAUUAUAUGCAUCCUUUUCCGGAGUCCAAGCCCGUUUUGGCUUUGUGUGUCAUAUCGUAUUUUGUGAUGAUGGGGAUCCUGACCAUUUAUACCUCAUAUAAGGAGAAGAGCAUCUUUCUCGUGGCCCACAGAAAAGAUCCUACAGGGAUGGAUCCUGAUGAUAUUUGGCAACUGUCCUCCAGUCUCAAAAGGUUCGAUGACAAAUACACUCUGAAGCUGACCUUUAUCAGUGGAAGAACAAAGCAGCAGCGAGAAGCUGAAUUCACCAAGUCCAUUGCUAAGUUCUUUGACCACAGCGGGACACUGGUCAUGGAUGCAUAUGAGCCUGAAAUAUCCAGGCUCCAUGACAGUCUCACCACAGAAAGAAAAAUAAAAUAGUCAAUUCUAAAAGUAGCCGUCUUUCUCCUUGAUCAUGCCAAAUUUCGGGGUGGGGAUGAAAAGAAACAGAGCUUAAAAUGGGUGAAGCAGAGUAAGAAUUGUUAAAAAUGCCCCUCUUUUGUUCUGAAAUUUUAGUCCAUUCUGGAUAAAUAAGCUUUUCUAGCACACAUGAGAAGUUGUAAAUCUGAUGUCUAGUUGUAGCCUCCUUGAUUUGCUGAUUGCAUUGUUUCGAUUUGCUUUUCUAGAAAAGCAUUUUUGCUAAAAGCCGUACAGACUUCUUCCUUCUUACAUAGCAGUACUUUAUAUAAUACAGCUUCGUGCCAUGCAGCAUUUAAAAAGUCAGUUUUUAAAAUUGUUAAACCUGUCUGUGGCUUUAGUUGUGUUAAUUCCUGUUUAAAAGCUGUUCCCCUUAGGAAUUCAGAAUACAACUUCUUGUGUAUGACACCCUUCCUUCACACACCAUUUUUGUGGGUGUGUAUACAUUCGACUUUGGGAGACUUGGAAAAAAAACAGCUUUUUAAUUUGUUUAAAUUUGUUAAAUUUUUUGCACUUAAACAAUUAAAGAAGCCAGUGGCAUUUUUAGUUUUAUAUUGUUUAUGUUUUCUGCUAGUAUAUUCCUGUUUCUUUGUGCCCUUCUACUGUCCUUUUCUAAAAUUUUUUUCAAUAAAAGGAAAGAAGAUGUGAAAAAAUGGAGUCAUGGUCUUGAUCACAGGAACAGAGCAGCAAAUGUUAACAGUCUUACUAUUAUAGAAUCAUUUUGUUUCUAGGCUGUUCUACUUUUCACAGGCCCUGAGAACCUGUAACUGAGGAAUUCCUAGCUUAAAACAACACUCAGUACUUGGGUCAGGUAAUGUUUCAGGUACUUAUAUGUAUUAGCUCAAUAAUGCUCACAACAGUCCUCUAACUAGAAGGUACUAUUAUAUUACUAAGCCCAUUUUACAGAUGAGGAAACUGAAGCACAAAAGUUGAAAAAUUUGUCAUACAUCUAGUGAUAGAACUGGGAUUUAAACCUGGGUAAUCUGUUCCUGCAGAGACAAAAUAGCUGCAUCUUUUCCAGCAUGUUCUCAGCAUUGUCAGAAAAGAACUGGGCACUUGCCCAAAUCCUGUGACUUUUAGCAGUGUUGUCCCUACAGCCUUACAAAAGUACACUUCCAGCCAAGCAUAGUACCUAAAGCUAUAUUCAGCUUAUAAGAAAUCACCCUUAUUAAUUUUCCUGUUUGACUUGGGAAUGUUGCCCUAUAUAUUACCACACAUGGGGUAUUGUGGAACACCACCAGAUAGGAAGUUGAAGAUGACUUCUAUUCUCUACAUUCCUAUAAUCCUUGGAUAAAUUGGGUAAUUCUCUGGGCUUCUAGUUUUCUCAUUUUGGCAGGUUAAGGGGAUGAUAUUCCUAAUUUUUUCAGCUACUUGAAGCUUUUGAGAACAUGCAAUCAGAUAAUUAUAAAGUAUUUUUACAGUGAAAGAGUUACUGUUGGUCAUAUGGGUUCCAAGGCUUAUGGAUAUAGACAGUGAAUGACCUUCCCUCACUGGUCAUUUGGAAAAUGUUCCUUCACACCCGAUGUACCUUUUUCAUUAAAUAUACAAAUGUAUCUUCA